AUGCUCUCGUCACCAGCUGCUCGAAGCUCUGCUCCAUCUGCCUCUACAGAUGGCCCGACCCAGUCGGCAAGUGCGGCUGUCGCGACUUCAAAGUCACCGCCGACGAAGUGCGGACGCCGAAAGGGUCCAGCUUGGGACGAGGUCAUUGCGGCAGAUGGCAUCGUUUCCUGCAAGAAAUGUGAGCGCAUCAUUCGUCAGAUGGGUGAAACCCACGUCGAGCGUGUGCGCCAUCGCUUGCAGAAGAAAAGCACUAAGCGGCACAAGCUAAAGCCCAUAAUCUCGUGA